AUGACAGAAGGGGAGGAAAGACAGAGGAAGGUAAAAGACAGAAGGGGAGGAAAGACAGAAGGGAGAAAGGCAGAAGGGGGAAAGACAAGGGAGGAAGGGGAGGAAAGACAGAAGGGGGAAAGGCAGAAGGGGGAAAGACAGAAGAGAAAGACAAGGGAAGAACCACAGAAAGGGAGAAACACAGAAGGGACAAAAAUAGAAGGGGCGAAAGACAAAAGGGGAGAAAGACAGAAGGGGAGAAAGACAGUAGGGAGCGGAAACACAGAAGGGACAAAAAUAGAAGGGUCGAAAGACAAAAGGGGAGAAAGACAGAAGGGAGGAAAGACAGAAGAGGACAAAGACAAAAGGGAAGGGGAGGAAAAACAGAAGGGGAAUAGUUACGGAAGGAAAGACAGAAGGGAGAAAGAUAGAAACGGGAAAGAUAGAAAGGAGAAGACAGAAGGGGAAGACAUAAGGGGGAAAACAGAAGUGGGGAAUAGACGGAAGGGAGGGAAGACAAGGGGAGAAAAACAGAAGGAAGCGGAAACACAGAAGGGACAAAGACAGAAGGGGCAAAAGACAAAAGGGGGAAAAGACAAAAAGGGGAAGGACAGAAGGGGGGAAAACAGAAGUAGGGAUAGACGGAAGGGGGGGAAAGACAGAAGGGAAGGAAAAGGCAGAAGGGGGAAAGACAGAAGGGAAGGGAAAGACAGAAGAGGACAAAGACAGAACGGGAGGAAGACAGAUCGGGGGAUAGACAGAAGGAGGGAAAGACAUAAAGGGGAAAACAAGUGGAGGAUAGGCGGAAGGGGGAAAGGCAGAAGGGGGAAAGACAGAAGGGAAAGACAAGAGAAGAACCACAGAAAGGGAGAAAGACAGAAGGGAGCGGAAACACAGAAGGGACAAAAAUAG